CAAAUGUAUUCAGUAAUCUGUACAACAAAAAUAAAGGCAUUAACCUUGGCGUUCCAAUGCUUUUGGAGGGGACUGUUUACAGUGUGGACACCUAAACAACCAUUCACAUUUGUGGACAGUUUGGUCUUCAAUAAACCUAACGGGAAUAUUUUCAAACUUCAGAGGACCCAACGAAAACCCACAGAAGAAAGGGAGAACACGCCAACCUCACACAAGGAGUUCGGAACCUGGAUUCAAACCCCCAACCUCAGAAAAGCGAUGCCGAUUUGCUAACCGCUCUUUCACCGUGCCGCCGCGACAGAAUUCUUAAAUAAUUUGGUACAACAGAUUAAAAAAAAAAAAAAGUAAAUCGUGUGUUUGUCCGAGAAAAUUAAACGUGUUAAAACAAAUCUAAAAAAUAAACACCACUGUCGUUCUUGUCAUGUGAGUCGACGCGGGGUGCGCGACAUUCCUGUAAGCUACUUUGGUCACGUGCUCCGUGUGGCGUGGUUGGAGGCGUCGGCCUGUUCAGUAACGUUACGUCACUCCGUCAGUGUUGACGGGCGGAGGGCGUACCGUACGUUGCAUAAUCUUUCGUUUAAAGAAACCCUACCGUGGGUGACCGGACUAGCUGCUUUCAUUUGUACUCCAGUCUUGUUGUGUGUGUGUAUAAAGACGGACUAAAAAUGAUUAAAAACGGCCACCACGACACGAAGGAGCAACUUGGGGAAGGCGGUCGUAGUAGCGAAGCGGCUGCUUCAGGGUGCAGCCCGGAGAAAAGGAAGCGCGUUGUUCGCCUUUGGUGUGACGGCUGUUAUGAUAUGGUCCACUACGGUCACUCAAAUCAACUGCGGCAAGCUAAAGGCAUGGGGGAUUACCUCAUCGUUGGAGUGCACACUGAUGCGGAAAUCUCCAAGCACAAGGGCCCGCCGGUCUUCACUCAGGAGGAGCGCUAUAAAAUGGUGCAGGCCAUCAAGUGGGUGGAUGAGAUUGUUGAAGGAGCACCUUACGUUACCACCCUGGAGACUCUGGACAGGUUUAACUGUGACUUCUGUGUACACGGAGAUGACAUCACGCUGACUGUGGAUGGCAAGGACACAUAUGACGAGGUGAAGAAAGCAGGACGUUAUCGGGAAUGUAAACGCACUCAAGGAGUCUCCACCACAGACCUGGUGGGACGUAUGCUUCUCAUGACCAAAUCACAUCACAGCAACAUGGGUCCUAAAGGCCACAGUCCAUGGACUGGAGUGUCGCAGUUCUUACAAACGUCUCAGAAAAUCAUCCAGUUUGCCUCGGGGAAGGAGCCACAACCCGGAGACACCAUCAUCUAUGUAGCCGGGGCAUUUGACCUCUUCCACAUCGGCCAUGUAGACUUCCUAGCAAUGGUCUACAAGCUUGCAGAGAGACCUUACGUCAUUGUAGGUCUGCAUUUUGACCAGGAAGUGAAUCGGUACAAGGGAAAGAACUACCCGAUCAUGAAUGUCCACGAGAGAACCCUGAGCGUUCUGGCCUGUCGGUACGUGUCAGAAGUGGUGAUUGGUGCACCCUACGCAGUGACCAAAGACCUGCUGGAUCAUUUUAAGGUGGACCUGGUUUGUCAUGGCAUGACAAAAGUAUUCCCUGACAAGGAUGGGUUGGACCCCUACGCUGAGCCCAAGAAGAGAGGAAUAUUUAGGACCAUUGAUAGUGCGAACAAUCUCACCACAGAUGACAUCGUUCAGAGAAUCAUUGAAAACAGGUUGCAGUUUGAAGCCAGGAACCAGAAGAAGGAGGCCAAGGAAAUGGCGGUGAUCGAGGCGAUGAAGAAGAGAGAGGAGCAGAGCGAAUCGGCUCACUAGAGAAACGGGACUGUGGCACUCUAUCGCUUCUACGUGGGAUGUACAGACUCUGGUACAUGGGUGACCUUAACCCGGGUGGAAGAUCCACACUGUCUCAACAAUCAGCUGCUGCAGUCCAUGCAGCCGGUUCCGGACAUUUGGGUGCAGAAUCCUGGUUUGUGUCUAUGCUGCUCGGUGGCUUAUCUCUAUGCUAUUCUCUGACGGGAUAGAUGCAGACUUAUUUUUACUGGUAUGAACGCUUUAUAAUGCUAUAUUUUCAACAGUCUGUUGUUGUAAAGCACAUACCCCGAAAGUAGUAUGAUAAAAUGCUAACUUAUAGGAAAAAUAUUCAAUGUCAGUUCGAUUUGAAUUUUAAUUCACUUUUUACAAAUCUAUUUUAAACAUGUCCAACAGUGUGGUUUAUUUUAAUGCAAUAUGAAAAAUAAGCGGUUUUAAAUCUAAUUAAGUUGUUGCCAGUCUUAUGGAUUUUUUAAAAAAACCUUUUCUUCUGAAUAGUUCUGUAGAUAAUAUCUUAAUAGUAAUUUUAUGUGCGCACGCGUGUGCUCUAAAUGCAGAAUCAAAGGAAUGUUGGUUUGGCAUGUGAGACAUCCAUGCCUCAUUCUUAAACCUACAACAAAUAUCAGGGUAUUAUGUGAAAUAAUUCAAAUGUUGACUUCGUGUGUCCACAGUUUUUCUCAGUCCCUUGAGAAAAGUGUUUCUAAAACGGUCUUUCUUCGUUCUUGGAGACUAAUUGAAAUCUUUUGUUUUAGCUGGUCUGUAAUUGUUUUUGACUUUUCAAAGUUUUGCGCGUGUGUUCCUAUGAAAGAACAAUGCAAAUUAACAUUUUUCAUUUGUCUGACAAUAUAUUUUUGAGGUCUGUCUAUGGAAUGGGAUUAUUCAAAAUUUGUCAAUAAUAAUCAGAAAUAUAAUGUAAUAAAUCUGCUCUGUGGCAAAGUCA